AUGUCCGGUCGUCGAGCGAUAUAUCCUCGGCAAACGACUGCACCCAAUCCGAGUCUGUCGACCGGAGAACAGGUUCUUCAACUGCUCUCCAACCCUUUUCAGGCAUCUUUACAAACCAAUGCUUUCUGGGUGUCCCUGGGAACUUCGCUCGGCAUCAGUGUUGCCCUUGCCCUCCUGUUCUGUUUCAUGCGCCCGAGGAACACCAUCGUCUAUGCCCCCAAACUGAAGAAUGCCGACACAGACCAUGCUCUGCCUCCACUGCAGAAAGGCCUGUUCAGUUGGAUCAAGCCUGUCCACACAGCAAACGAACCGUACCUGGUGGAAAAGAUUGGGAUGGAUGCCGUUAUCUUCCUGAGGUUUACACGCAUGCUCCGAAAUAUCUUCACCGUCGUCGGCUUUCUUGGACUCGUUAUCAUGAUCCCAGUCAAUGUCGGUCUCGGAAACAAAGCAGUCUCCCGGGGAUCGUCGACGUUUUCGGUCAUGACACCCUUAUACAUUUUCGGUAGUGGCCUGUGGGCUCAGGUGGUAAUGGCAUGGCUGACUGACCUGGUGAUAAUAUACUUUCUGUGGCAUAACUAUCGACGGGUCCACAAACUUCGACGAGCUCAUCUGGAGAGUCCAGAGUACCAGCGGAGCCUCCAUGCACGGACACUCCUGAUCCGAGAUCUUCCACCAAAAUGUCGAAACAAUGAAGGUUUAACACGAAUUACCGACGAGGUCAAUCCAACGGGCGCUGCUCCGAAGACGACUAUUGGACGUAAUGUGAAAAUCCUACCUGAAUUGAUCGAAGAGCACGAGGAAGUCGUCCGGGACCUUGAGUCUGUACUGGCCAAAUACAUGAAACAUCCCGAUCGGCUUCCCGCUCGCCGCCCCAUGAUGAAGGCCCCAAGGAAGUACAAGGGACCGACCACUAACGGCAAGGUUGAUUCCAUUGAUUAUCUCACGGACCGAAUCCGAGAAUUAGAAACCAAGAUCAACCACAUUCGAGAGCUCGUGGAUACCCGCGAUCCGAUGCCGUAUGGCUUUGCUAGUUGGGAUGAAAUACAAGAUGCACACACCGUGGCAUAUAUGGCGCGGUCGAAGCGACCACAGGGUGCGAAGAUUCAACUUGCCCCAAGACCACACGAGCUUAUCUGGGACAACUUGAAGCUGUCGCGUGGAAGCAGGAGGAGCAAGCGCUUCAUGAAUGCAGUAUGGAUCACCGUUCUCACCAUCGUUUGGAUGCCGAUCAACGCCGGAAUUGCCGUCUUCUUGUCGAAUCUUUCCAAUCUCGGGCUUGUCUGGAAGGGUUUCAGAGAUCAAUUGGAAGCGCAUCAUACAGGAUGGGCCAUUGUCCAGGGCAUUGCAUCGCCAGCCAUUACCUCAUUGGUGUACCUCGUACUUCCGAUCAUUUUCAGACGACUUCAGGUUCGUGCGGGCGACGUGACAAAGACAGAACGCGAACGUCAUGUCCUUCGAAAUCUGUACAGUUUCUUCACCUUCAACAACCUGAUCGUCUUUUCCAUGUUUUCGGCGAUUUGGCAGUAUGUCACGAUUGUGGUCCAGUACAACAGGGAGGGCAACGACACCUGGACGUCUCUGCGCGAGGGUCGUUUUUUUCUCGUAAUCACGACAUCUUUGUGCCAAAUAUCACCCUUUUGGGUGACUUGGCUUCUUCAACGCAAUCUAGGUGCCGCUGCGGACCUUGCUCAGCUUUGGCACUUGACCACUGUCUGGUUUGCAAGGACGUUCCUGGCUCCAACACCGAGACAGAACAUCGAGUGGACAGCACCUCCCGCAUUCGACUACGCCAGCUAUUACAACUAUUUCCUCUUCUACUCCACGGUAGCACUCUGCUACUCUACCCUUCAGCCGAUCGUGCUGGUCGUGACGGCAUUGUAUUUCACCAUUGACGCUGUUUGCAAGAAGUACCUUCUGAUGUACGUUUUCGUUACCAAGACGGAAUCUGGCGGUAUGUUCUGGGUGACCAUAGUCAACCGGAUGAUCUUCGCCACCAUACUUUCGAACGUUAUUAUUGGAGUGGUUGUCAAGGCUCGAGGGGGUUGGGAUCUUGUUGCUGCUCUUGUGCCGCUGCUGUUCGUCAUGCUCGGCUUCAAGAUAUACUGCAUGAAGACAUUCGAUCUUGAACUGAAAUACUACGCCCGCGGUGGCAUGCACGAUCAAGAACGGCUUCCUGCUGAUGGCAAGCCACGGAAGGCGGAGAAAAUGUCUGCCAGAUUCGGCCAUCCGGCGCUCUUCAAACCGUUGAUAACGCCAAUGGUUCACGAAAAAGCCAGGCAUGUGCUGACAGAAGUAUACCGAGGACGUUUGAGCUCGGAAGGAGGACAGUCCACAGCAUUCUCGGACAUCGCCAUGCAGCCAAUGAAUCAUACGGGAAAGGUAGUGCAAGACGUGCCGUUUGAGAUCGUCCCUGAAGCUCAGCAAGACUACCAAUUCUAUAAGAACCGUUCUGAUUUCCGUGAGCAAGGAGGAGACACCCCAUCACGUACCCAGACGCCAAUUCCCUUCGCCGGCACCGAAGGAUACAGUUCACCAGGUAGUUCACGAGCUCAAACCCCGGUUCUGUUCACAGGCAAAGAAGACUACAACUCCCCGGAAAGCUCGCGAGCCGGCAGUCCUCCACCGCGUCUCUUACAGCAGCAUCAUGGCAUUCAUCGCAAACCCAUCGAUCCAUCUCAUGUCCCGAGUCGGAUCAGGUCUGCGGCCCUGACAGCGUCUAUUGGCGGCGAUCUGGGGAUGCAGCAACCGUACAUUGAUCUCAACGAUGACAGAACCAACCUGCUGCAAGGGGUGGGAGACCUCAGAACUCCGAACGGAGAGUUCAUGUCCCUUGAAGAGUGGCGUACACGUGAUGGAAGUGAUGCUGGCACUUUCAGGGACCACAGCGGAGGCGCCACACCAGCCGAAGAGACAGUCUCUGGAUAUGACUAUUUCCGGGCGAGGCGAUAA